AUGGGGUAUUCCAAGUGGUUGUUUGCAACUGCAUUCCUCCUCCUCCUGCUGCUGGCGCUGGCCAUUGCCCAUGACACAGAGAUGGGUCCAGUAUUGUGCGGAGAUACAGGAAACGAAAAGGGUCCAAGUAGAAGGAAGGCCGCGGCUGUGGCGGCAAUAGAAAGGACGUGUGAGACACCGAGCAAGCGGUUCAAGGGACCUUGCGUAAAGGAGAGCAACUGCGCCGCCGUGUGCCAGACCGAAGGGUUUCAGGGAGGGAAAUGCAGGGGCCUCCGCCGACGCUGUUUCUGCACCAGACCUUGUUUGUCAUCUUAAACCAUCGAGACUGCAGCUUGUGUUCGUGACUACGUAAAAUAAUAAUAACUACUACUACAUACAGAUAGAUAUGACCCUCUUGGAAUAUGCAUUCUAUCAAGAAGAAGAAUAUUCACAAAAUCAUCAUCAAUCAGUACAAGAAGAAAUCUUAAGAUUGAAGUAUUAGAUACUGAGCUAAGGAGGGAAAAAACAAAAGUUGCCAUACCGAGCAGAUUAGUUAAUCAUAAAAUAUACUACAUAGUUAUAC